AUGUUUGUCGAGAAUCAGGAAACACUUUUCUGGUUUCAACUUCUCGGAAAAGUCCGGUUAUUGUUUAAGUUCCAAUUGUUGGGUACUAAUGAAGGCGUUGUUAGCGAUGAUGAUGAUGAUAUAGCUGCUGCUGUUGUUGCUAGUGGUGGCGGUGUUGUUAUGAAACCUAAUGAACUUUUAACACCAAAAUCGCAAUCUCCACAAGUUGACGAUGAUCGUCGUGCUCAUCACAACGAACUUGAACGCCGACGACGAGACCAUAUCAAAGAUCACUUUUUAGCACUGAAAGAUGCAAUUCCGUUGUUAGAAGGUGAAAAGUCAUCAAGAGCUUCAAUAUUGAAACGUGCUGUGGAAUACAUAAUGAUAAUGAAGAAACAAAUAUCUGAAGAUCAGGACGAUAUCGAAAAGCUUAAACUUAAAAACGAACAACUGGAAGCUCAAGUAAGAUUGCUUGAAAAACCAGCAAUUGGAUUUGGUACACCAGACGUAGCAGAAGUAGUUCAAGUGCCCGCCCUAUCCCGAUACGACCGGAGCACAUGUAUCGCCGGUCCUUCAUCUGUUCAAAAUACCCUGAUGCCACAGCUCAGGACAAUUCCACCGGUCACUGUAUCAAACCCUUUCCCAUUGUCCUGUCCGGCGUCGGAUCCAUUACAACCGAAAUUUACCGCAUUUACACCUGUUACUCAAAGGUAA